UCGCCAUGGCCCCAGCUCUGCUCCUGAUCCCUGUUGCCCUCGCCUCUUUUAUCCUGGCCUUUGGCACCGGAGUGGAGUUCGUGCGCUUUACCUCUCUUCGGCCACUUCUUGGAGGGAUCCCGGAGCUUGGUGGUCCGGAUGCCCGCCAGGGAUGGCUGGCUGCCGUACAGGACCGCAGUAUCCUUGUCCCCCUGGCUUGGGAUCUGGGUCUCCUCCUACUUUUUGUGGGGCAGCACAGCCUCAUGGCAACUGAGACAGUGAAGGCGUGGAUGUCUCGAUAUUUCGGGGUCCUUCAGAGGUCACUGUAUGUCGCAUGCACUGCCCUGGCCUUGCAGUUGGUGAUGCGGUACUGGGAACCUGUACCCAGAGGCCCUGUGUUGUGGGAGGCUCGAGCCGAACCAUGGGCCACCUGGGUGCCCCUGCUCUGCUUUGUGCUCCACGUCAUAUCCUGGCUCCUCAUCUUCAGCAUCCUUCUCGUCUUUGACUACGCCGAGCUCAUGGGCCUCAAACAGGUGUACUACCAUGUGCUGGGGCUUGGUGAGCCUCUGGCCCUGAAGUCUCCCCGGGCUCUAAGACUCUUCUCCCAUUUGCGCCACCCAGUGUGUGUGGAACUGCUGACGGUGCUGUGGGUGGUACCCACCCUGGGCACUGACCGCCUCCUCCUUGCUCUCCUCCUUACCCUCUAUCUGGGCCUGGCUCAUGGACUUGACCAGCAAGAUCUCCGCUACCUCCGGGCCCAGUUACAAAGAAAACUCCACCUGCUCUCCCGGCCCCAGGAAGGUGAGGCGGAGUGAGGAGCUAACCUGGUUCCAAGCCUGGCACUUUCUCUCCUUUAACAUCCAGGCCCUGGCUGCUUCAGACCAGAAACCCAAAUUCAUGGACUGAAGGGGCUGUCCGUUCCCCUGUUUGAGCUUCCACUCCUUGGGCCCAGCACCAUAACCUAAAUUCUGAGUUUCAACCACUGGACUCCAAGAUCUACUUCUCACCAGCCUGGAAGAGGGGAUAGGGAACUUACCUGUCUCCUCAGUUCAGGGCUUGACACCCCCCCCCCAACAUACACACCUUAAGAACCUCCUCAUAAGGAAGAAGGGAGGGCCUGACCACUUCCCUCCCACUGUUACUCCCUUUUGCACCUCAGGGAUCCCCCUUCUCCUCCUCUGGCUUCCCCUUCUAGGAGUGGGACCAGGGUCUGCAGGUUUGAUAAUGCCUGCCCUUCCAGGCUCCAAGUGCCAGCCCCCUGACUAGCCUUGCCUGCUCCUUAGGCGCUGGCCCUAGGCUCUGUCCUCUAACCUAGUUGAAAGGAUCCUCCCGUUUUUCAUUUUGGGUGACUAAGAGGUCUCUGCUCUCCCGAGGAACAUGCGCAGCAGAAAAAUAAAAUUCAGCCUGUUUUUUCUACA